AUGGUCAACAAGAAGCAUCACGUGGUCUUCUUUCACCCAGACCUAGGUAUAGGCGGGGCAGAGCGUCUGGUCAUCGACGCGGCUGUAGGAUUACAGAGCCGUGGUCACAAGGUCACCAUCUUCACAUCCCACUGCGACCCGCAGCACUGCUUCGACGAGGCGCGCGAUGGAACUCUUGACGUGCGCGUCCGCGGCCAUUCACUCAUCCCGCCGUCCUUAUUCGGACGCUUCGCCAUCCUCUGCGCAAUCCUACGCCAGGUCCACCUGCUCCUUCAAAUUGGCGUCUUCUCGAACGAGCUAAGACAGCUUGCUCCUUCAGCAUUCUUCGUUGAUCAGCUCAGCGCUGGCAUCCCGCUCUUGCGCUUGUUGCAACCUCGCCCCCGCAUCCUCUUCUACUGCCACUUUCCUGAUAAGCUGUUGGCGAAGCAAGGUGGCCUCGUAAAGUCCUUGUAUCGUGCGCCUUUUGAUUGGCUUGAGAGUUGGAGCACGGGCUGCAGCGACACCAUUGUAGUGAAUAGCAACUUUACCAGAGGCAUCUUUGGCCAGGCCUUCCCCGCCCUCAAGCACCGCCAACCUGGCGUCGUAUAUCCCUGCGUCGACACGAAGCCGAGCGAAGCCAUUGAGCAUCCAGCACCGCUAUGGAAGAACAAAAAGGUCCUCCUGAGCAUCAACCGCUUUGAGAAGAAGAAAGAUGUGGCACUCGCCGUCAGGGCGUAUGCUGGGCUAUCACCCAAGGAGCGCCAGAAUGCCCGCCUAGUCAUUGCAGGAGGCUAUGACCCCAGAGUGGCUGAGAAUGUCUCCACUUACACUGAGCUGUGCCAAUUGGCAGACUCGCUUGGGUUGAAGCAUGCCACCGCGAAAACGGUCAUCAGUGCUCAAAGCAUACCGGAUGACAUCGCAGUCCUGUUCCUCCAAUCCGUCCCAAAUGCCUUCAAAUCCACCCUGCUAUCGACUUCUCGCCUGUUGGUGUAUACCCCAUUGCACGAGCACUUUGGCAUUGUGCCUCUGGAGGCCAUGUUGGCAGGCACACCAGUCCUGGCUGCCAACGAGGGUGGUCCUACCGAGACAGUCAUCAGUGGUCAGACUGGCUGGCUAAGAGAUGUCAGUAAGGUACAAGACUGGACAGAAGUUAUGCGCAUCGCCCUUGAAGACGGUGAUGGCGAGCAACGUUUGCGCGAGAUGGGCAAAUGGGGAAAAGAGAGAGUUGUAGCCGAAUUCUCAAAAGAUAAGUUGGCCGAGAGGUUAGAAUCAGAAAUCGAUAGGAUUACCGGCGAUGCAGCUUGCGAAUCACCUCGUCCCAGCCUAGUGCCCCUAUCGGUAGCGGCAUUCAUUAUACCUGUUGGAGUUUCUCUCGUCGCCAUACUCUGGAGAUUAUUCUUCAUGUGA